CGUGUAGGCGUUUAUACAUGUAUGUUGGUGUUGUGGGUAUGUCGGAAAGUGAUUUUGCUAGGAGAGAGUUGAAGAAAUGUGGAUGGACGGAUGGGUGUGGUCUGGGUCGACAUGAAGAUGGGAUCAAAGACGCUAUCAAAGUGAAGAUCAAGAAGAAUCUACACGGGGUUGGUCAUAAUGUGGGUAGAGAGUUCACGUUUCAUUGGUGGGAUCAUGCGUUCAAUAAAGCCGCCGACAGCAUCCGUGUCGAGACAUCCGAGGAUGGCGUCACUGUAACAAAGUCACAAGAAGAAAAGAAAACAUCCAAAGAUGUUCUGUAUGGGAAUUUUGUUAAGGGUGGAACUCUUCUGGACAAUAAGGAGGAAAUAAUGCCGACAAAUGACGAUGCAGAACAUGACUCCGAAGAAGAGUGGGACAGAAAUAGGCCGUCCGAGGAACAAGUGUUCCAGUUGUGUGGAGGAAGAACAGCUCACAAAGCGGCACGGUUUGGACACAAGCUUAAUGGAAAACUGAAAAGAAUUGAAGAGCAAGAACAGAAAAAUCUGUCUUCAUUAGCAGGAGAAACUCUUGAAAAUGAGCGCACAGUGGCUGAGAAAUCAAACCACGAUGGUUGCCAUGGUGGUAGCAAGAAGAUAAGGAAAAAGAACAAGAAAGAAAGACGGAAAGAUAAAAAAAUCAAGGAGAAUCUGAAUUGUGUAGAUAAGAAGGAUCAUAAACAAACUGAAAAAACAUCCUCUGAGGAAGCCGAGAUGCUUUCGAAAAAGGAGGAAAUCACCAAAAGUGACAAAUCAUGUGAAAGGACUAACCAGUCGUUAAAAUCUAGGACAAACAAAUUGAUAACACAGCAUAGUUCUAAUAAAACUGUAGAUGAUUUAAGUGCACCUAAACGUAGUGAAGAGUGUUUGAAUGAUGUACACAAAGAUGUGAAGAAGAGAAAAAAAGAGAAAAAGAAAAAACUUAAACAUGCACACUGUCAAACAGAAGGUAAUGAAAAUCACAAUGGUGUGACAACUUGUGAAACUAAUGUAAACAGUGCUGACUUAACCAGUGUAAAAGAAAAGGAGAAAAUUAGAGGGCAUAGAAAAGACGAGGACAGAAAGACUAAAGUUGAAAGUUUAGAACCGGUUGCUAAAGAAGCAGGUUUUCCACAAUGUGAAGAAAGUCGUGCUGAUAAGCCUGUGAAGAAAUCCAAAAAGCAUAAACGAAGACACGCGGGUGAAUUAGAACAGAGUGAUUUCUCGGCUGUGACGGAAGAUGCCGCGGCAAGUAGAAAGAAGAAGAAAACCAAGACUAAAAAGGAAAGCAAGCAAGAACAGGACACAGGCAGCCCCGAUACAGUAAAACCUGAUCCGUUGUGUAGACAAGAUUCGUCUGAUCUGUAUCACCAGCACGUAAAGACGUUUGUCUCGGGCCUUCAGGAGAACCAUCAGCUUCGUCCUCUCCUAGCGGAGGCCGUGGAGGGGAAAGACUCGGCGUUUCCGACCGUUAAAAACCUUCACUCCAUCACCAGUCUGAACCUCAAGGCCGCCCGACUUCUCGACAUCUACGAUGGCGACUGUUUCCUCAGUUCGUGUUUACUCGAUCAGCUCAAGAUUGCCGGGUUAGCGUGUCCCACUACCGUGUUCCUGAAAUUCCUAGAGAUUGUCGUCGUGCGUUUUCAGAAAUACAUGAACACAGUGCAUACGUGAUUUGUGAUGGUGAAUACAGGGCUAGCCCUGGCACUCGCCAAAUUCGCCAACUGUGAAUUAAAAAAAAAUAUAUUGACGAA